AUGAGACCCAUUCAGCAACUUCUGUUUGUGUUCGGGUUUGCUCUCGUGGCGAGCGGGGACAAUGGAAAGGACACUUUGGGUCUCAGUAACGGGUACACAUCACUAUCAACGAGCAAUUUUGACAUCAAACUCGUCAAGGAUUCGCAAACACUUGCGUCGCUGAAACCUCGGAAUGUCGAUUUCGAUUUCUUGCCAUUUGAUGAUCUUGUUCAUCGCGCAGCCGAUGGCCAAUAUCACAAUGGCGAUGUCACAUUUCGGUAUCGAGAAUCAGGCGCAACUACGUGGAUCUCUGCCGACUCAUCCACGUCGAGAAAGCAGGUGAAGCAGGUGUCUAGUUCUGCUGCGGCUGUUGCUGCUACUUCACUCGCUGCCGCCGACCUAUCCGCCACUUUGCCCUCUGAGAUUCCAUUUCGAGUCAUCCGCUCCUGGUCCAAUGUAGACGGAGACCUUGGACUGGCAUUCACCAUCACCAACCGGGCUAGUCGGUCCAUGGAAAUCGGCAGUCUUGGGUUUCCCACCGAGUUCAACAGUAUUUUCACAAAUCGGCCGGCAGAGGAGAUGGCGGCCAAAUGCUCUCUUACAGAUCCCUACAUUGGAAUGGAUGCUGGGUAUCUUCAAGUGACGCCUACCUCUGGGACGGGAGCUGCGUUGAUUGUCACUCCUCUGACCAACACCAGUACACCAUUGGAAGCUUGGCGGAAUCUGGAUGAGCCGAGUGUUGAUCCGCUCUACUAUGGGAGUCAGACGUUUGAGGGCUUCUAUGAAUGGCAGACUCAUAGCAAGGCCUUUGCUGAAAAUGAGUGGGCCGGGGUGACUCCGUGGAAUCGACCAAGUUCUCGGAUGUUGAAGCCCGGUCAGUCCGUCACCUACGGACUGCGGUUUUCCCUCGUCAAGGAGGGCAUUCGUGACAUCGAAAAGACUGUAGAGGCGACUAAUACCCCGGUCGUCGUUGGUAUCCCGGGCUAUGUGAUUCCAACGGACUUGACGGCUCGAUUAUUCGUUCUUCACGGCGACGUUGCCAAGAUUGUGUCGGAUGGAAAUGCAUUCAAAAUCGCCCAAGACUCGAAGCAAUCCUUCAGUCUCACUCCGACGAGCUCUGCCUGGGGCCGCACCAAGGUCACCAUCACUUAUACAGACGGCAAGGUUCAAACGGUACACUAUUUUAUCACCGAUUCCGCACCCGCGGUUAUCAGUCAACUGGGCCAAUUCACCACCACAUCCAUGUGGUUUGACGAUACAACGGAUCCGUUUGGUCGUGCCCCUUCUGUCAUGACCUGGGAUCAUUCUCUCGGGGCCAAGGCCCUGCAAGACCCUCGAGUCUGGAUCUCCGGGCUCAGUGACGAAGGAGGCGUUAUCUACCUUGCCAGCGCGAUGAAGCAAUUUGGAAGUAGUGCGGCUGAGGAAAUGGCAAAAUUGGAAACCUUUGCCAAGGAGGUUCUUUCGACCAGAAUCCAAAAUUCCGACUUCACGGUCCGAAAGAGUCUUUUCUACUACGAGCCCAGUCUGGUGCCGGGCUACCGUUACGAUCAAUCUAUCAAUUGGGGCAACUGGUGGUCAUGGAACAAGGAUGCAGCUUACUCGACGGACCGAGCGUACGACUACAUCCAUGUCAUCGGGGCGUAUUGGGCGCUCUAUCGAGCUGGACGAGCCGAUGAGUCGCUCCUCACGAUCCACCCGUGGAAGUGGUACUUGAGCCAAGCGUACAACACCACGAUGGUCUGCUUUACGACGGAUCCCAACGGCAACGGCAAAGUCGGCUACUCUCGACUGGGUCUCAUGGGUGAGACAGUUGUGGGGGAGCUUCUGACGGAUCUGCACCGUGAGGGUUGGACUCGAGAGGCUGAUGAGGUGGAGGCUGCCAUGAAGAUUCGGGCCAUGGCUUGGAACGCCGAAGCUGUCCCGUAUGGCAGCGAGAUGGCAUGGGAUUCGACGGGGCAGGAAGGAAUAUACUACUGGAGCAACUACUUCAAAUUAGCCAAGACGGCCACCAAGACCAUCAACAGCAUCAUCGGAUACAUGCCCACGGUGGCUCACUGGGGAUGGAACGGAAACGCCCGACGAUACUGGGACUUUAUGCAUCGCAUUAACCUGGCACGGUACUCUCAAUGCCCUCCCACUCCUCUCACAAUUCCGCCAGACUCCCCACGACACUACCUCCUACGCGUCGGAUACGGCGGAAUCACCGGGCCUCUGAGUAACAUCCGACGCGACGGGUCCAUGUACAACGGGUUCCACUCGUUCCCCGACACCCUCCGCGGGGAUGAUUACUCGGGCGACUUUGGCCCGACUUUUCUCGGCAUGAUGUUGGGUGCCGGGGUCUAUGUCGUGAAUGAUGCCGAUCUCGGACUGGUCACGUACGGGGGCAAUAUGAGGGUUUCCUCUUCGGGCGACCUCGUCACGGUCCAACCGCGAGAUGCCAUUCGUCGACGGGUGUAUAUUGCAGAUUGGGGGGUGUAUGUUACGAUCAGUGCGGGUUGGAUAGAUGAGGUUUCUUUCCAUCGCGGAUCUGUUGAGGGGGCAUCCUUGACGUUGCACGUUGUCCCUGGUCCGACGAAGGCGUCGUCGACUGUGAUCUGGGUUGAGACGCCGGGGACGGGAGGAACGUUUAGAGUCACGGGGCUGGAAGGGGCAGUAGUUGAAGAGAAGAGGGGAGGUUGGCAAGUGACACUGGGAUCGACUGGGGCCCAAGUGGUUGUCUCGAAUCAUUAG